GCCAAGCCUUGGCACUUUCAUUCAGUGCUCUACCAACUUCGAACCCACUAGGAACUCCGAUUCUGAGGCAGUACCCUAUAAUUGUGUUGGACGGAAUAGACGUUAUUCUUUUUCAGCCAUUAAAAUGGUUACACGAGUACUUACGCCGAUAUUCGGUCUAGCAGAUAUGGGACUCAAAAAUCCAGAUUAGCAGUAGUUUAACCGCCUUUUGGAAUUCCCGACAUCUAACAAUGUACGAAAUUUCAAUAGAGAAAAGAGAAAUGGUGUCAAUUAACUUAAACUGGCGUCUACUGUUCUUUGGCUAUCCUUACUGUGUCGCCCUUUUCUCCUCAUAACUCAAAGUAUUCUUUUAUACAGCAAUAUGUGCGUUACGCUAGUUUGGGCCCUUUUUGCCCAGCUCUCAUCUUCAGCGAUGGAUGACAUAAUUUCCACCUCCCACAAGUUUCCAUCUAGCCGUUUAAAUAGCCAGUCGUACGUGUUCAUUGAUCAGUGUGGAGCCUUUGGUUCAAGGAGAAACAUCAUUUAAAAGAAAAGGUGUUGCUGUUUAAACCGAGAGUUGCAUUUAGAGACUUAAAGCCAUGAGGGCAACGGUAAUUCUACUGUACAUUGUUGUGACAACAUAUGCCGUUCCACAAUAUGGGUCUAUCCCACAACAAGCGCCGCCGUCAAACUUCCAUAGCAAUUACGCGAACAAUGGACCACCAGUGGGCAAACCUCAACUGGAAGAAAUUCAAAGGCAAUGGGCUAAGUUCAUUGAGAAGCUGCCAUGGCUACAAGGGCCUGCUGGUCCACCUGGCCCUCCAGGUGCACCUAGUGGGAAUCAGCUUCAGCAGACAAUAGUUGGCCCUCCUGGUCGUCCUGGAGCACCAGGACCUGCUGGACGGAAAGGAGAGAAUGGCAAUCCUGGAAAUCCAGGAUUUGCUGGAGCAACUGGACCACAAGGACCACAGGGUCUUGAUGGUGCUCCUGGUAGACCUGGAAGGGCAGGUGAACGUGGAACAAAUGGAUUUCCUGGCGCUCCUGGAGGACCUGGUUUUCCUGGUGCUAAAGGGGCGGCUGGAUCUAACGGGGGACCCGGUCUUAUUGGACCUCCAGGAAAUCCUGGAAAAGAUGGUUUCAAUGGGUUACCUGGGUUUCAAGGAGUUAAGGGAGAGCCGGGCCCACCUGGCAUAACGUUGCCUUCAAAUGUUCCUGGGCCUGCUGGCGCACCCGGUACUCCCGGGAAAGACGGAUGGCCUGGUUUACCUGGUGGACCUGGACCUGCCGGACGCGUUGGGCAUUCAGGACCCGUGGGAUCUCCAGGAAGACCUGGAGGAAAUGGAUUUCCAGGAGGUCCUGGCCCGAAAGGUGAACCUGGGAAUCCUGGUAUCAAUGGACAGCCUGGCAAAGAUGGACUUAAUGGCGCCCCAAGCACUAAGCCUGGCCCGGUGGGACCUCAAGGGCCUUUGGGUCCUCCAGGAUUUAAUGGCGUUCCUGGGAAAGAUGGUUCUCCUGGCUUACCAGGCAAUUCAGGCAAAGAUGGACUCCCUGGCGCACCCGGUAUCCCAGGUGGGUCAGGUCCACCUGGUAAACCAGGCAAGGACGGCCUUAACGGAGCCCCAGGAGCGCCGGGCAUUCCUGGUGGUGCUGGACCUGUAGGGUCGCAAGGCAAACCAGGUGCUUCUGGUUCUGCUGGUGGACAAGGAAGUCCUGGACCAGCUGGAUCUGUUGGGAACCCUGGGCCCCAGGGUAGACCUGGUGCACCAGGUUUCCCAGGUAGCUCAGGUCCUCCAGGUUCUCAAGGAGAACAGGGACCUCAAGGAGCAGCUGGCCCUCAAGGAAGAGCUGGCACCCCUGGCGGUCCGGGACCUGCUGGCCCUCCAGGUUCUUCUGGGAAUUUAGUUCAAUCUCCAGCUUAUAAUUCACCUGGACAACAGCCUUCUUACCAAGCCACAGGUCAUCAGUCCUCAUCCCAUUCAUUUGGAUCUUUGCAACCCGCAUACGGUCGUUAGGAUUCAGCGAAAUUGAACUGAGUUGAAAUUCGUAAUUUUCAGUUUAAAUUUACAAAUUAAAAUAAGGUAUAAAUUUGAGCAUGAUGAAAGUUUUGGCAGUUUAACAUGCGCCAUGAUUGUUUUUCAAUUUUUAUUGUUUUUAUUCUAAUUGUG